AGUGGAGCGAGCGAGCUGAGUGGUUGUGUAGUCGCAUCCCGGAGACCGGUAGCGCUUGCAGCAUGGCUGACCAACUGACUGAAGAGCAGAUUGCAGAAUUCAAAGAAGCUUUUUCACUAUUUGACAAGGAUGGUGAUGGAACUAUAACAACUAAGGAAUUGGGAACUGUAAUGAGGUCUCUUGGGCAGAAUCCCACAGAAGCAGAGUUACAGGACAUGAUUAAUGAAGUAGAUGCUGAUGGUAAUGGCACAAUUGACUUCCCUGAAUUUCUGACAAUGAUGGCGAGAAAAAUGAAAGACACAGACAGUGAAGAAGAAAUUAGAGAAGCAUUCCGUGUGUUUGAUAAGGAUGGUAAUGGCUAUAUUAGUGCAGCAGAGCUCCGCCAUGUGAUGACAAACCUUGGAGAGAAGUUAACAGAUGAAGAGGCUGAUGAAAUGAUCAGGGAAGCAGAUAUUGACGGUGAUGGUCAAGUAAACUAUGAAGAGUUUGUACAAAUGAUGACAGCAAAGUGAAGACAUUGUACAGAAUGUGUUAAAUUUCUUGUACAAAAUUGUUUAUUUGCCUUUUCUUUGUUUGUAACUUAUCUGUAAAAGGUUUCCCCCUACUGUCAAAAAAAAUAUGCAUAUAUAGUAAUUAGGACUUCAUUCCUCCAUGUUUUCUUCCCUUAUCUUACUGUCAUUGUCCUGAAACCUUAUUUUAGAAAAUUGAUCAAGUAACAUGUUGCAUGUGGCUUACUCUGGAUAUAUCUAAGCCCUUCUGCACAUCUAAACUUAGAUGGAGUUGGUCAAAUGAGGGAACAUCUGGGUUAUGCCUUUUUUUUAAAGUAGUUUUCUUUAGGAACUGUCAGCAUGUUGUUGUUGAAGUGUGGAGUUGUAACUCUGCGUGGACUAUGGACAGUCAACAAUAUGUACUUAAAAGUUGCACUAUUGCAAAACGGAUGUUUUAUCCAGGUACUCGUACACUAUUUUUUUGUACUGCUGGUCCUGUACCAGAAACAUUUUCUUUUAUUGUUACUUGCUUUUUAAACUUUGUUUUAGCCACUUAAAGAAAAUCUGCUUAUGGCACAAUUUGCCUCAGAUUCAUUCCAAGUUGUAUAUUUGUUUUCCAAUAAAAAAAUUACAAUUUACCCAAAAAAAAAAAAAA